UUUCGCACUUGCUAUCUCACUAGUUUGACUUUUCCUUGACUUGAAAAGCUUUGACAAUGGGAAACAGACACGGCACCUCCAAGACCAAAUCCUCCGAUCACCCGCCGCCGCAGCCGCCGUCCUCCGACCACCACCGCCACCAUGCUCCACUUACCGGCGAACGCCGUGGAUCCUCCGGCUCCGGAGCCUCCCGCCCGGCAACUACUCAGCAGAUCGGUCGGAUCCUGGGCCGACCAAUGGAGAACGUGCGGACCACCUACGAGUUCGGUCGCGAGCUCGGGAGGGGCCAGUUCGGCGUCACUUACCUCGUCACGCACAAGGAGACCAGGAAACAGUUCGCGUGCAAGUCGAUCCCCACGCGCCGCCUUGUCCACCGCGACGACAUCGAAGACGUCCGCCGUGAAGUCCAGAUCAUGCACCACCUCACGGGUCACCGGAAUAUUGUGGAAUUGAAGGGAGCCUAUGAAGACAGGCACUCAGUGAAUCUAGUGAUGGAGCUGUGUGAGGGCGGGGAAUUGUUCGAUAGGAUCAUAGCUAAAGGGCAUUACUCAGAGAGAGCAGCUGCAGAUUUGUGUAGGCAAAUGGUCAUGGUUGUGCAUAAUUGCCACUCUAUGGGUGUAAUGCACAGAGACUUGAAGCCCGAGAAUUUUCUCUUCUUGAGUAAAGAUGAGAAUUCCCCGUUGAAAGCUACAGAUUUCGGGCUCUCUGUGUUCUUCAAGCCAGGCGAUGGCUUUAAGGACCUCGUAGGAAGUGCAUACUAUGUUGCCCCUGAAGUUCUACGUCGGAAAUAUGGACCCGAGGUCGAUAUCUGGAGUGCUGGUGUGAUUCUUUACAUCCUUCUUUCUGGUGUUCCGCCUUUCUGGGGAGAGAGUGAACGGGGAAUCUUCGAUGCCAUUCUUCAAGGACAUCUCGAUUUUUCGUCUGAACCUUGGCCUUUGAUAUCCAGUGGGGCCAAAGACCUCGUGAAGAAAAUGUUAGCGUAUGAUCCCAAAGAGCGGCUCACAGCUUCGGAAGUUCUGAAUCAUCCAUGGAUGAGAGAAGGCGGGGAGGCAUCUGAUAAACCGCUUGAUAUUGCUGUGUUGUCGAGGAUGAAACAAUUCCGGGCGAUGAACAAACUCAAGAAGAUAGCCCUCAAGGUUAUUGCGGAGAAUCUGUCUGAAGAAGAAAUUGUGGGUCUAAAAGAGAUGUUCAGAUCUUUAGACAGUGAUAACAGCGGGACGAUCACCCUAGAGGAGAUGAGAGCUGGUCUCCCGAAACUCGGUUCUAAGAUCACAGAAGCUGAAAUACGACAGUUAAUGGAAGCCGCCGAUGUUGAUGGAGAUGGAUCGAUCGAUUACUUGGAGUUUAUAUCGGCCACGAUGCAUAUGAACAGAAUCGAGCGCGAGGAUCACUUGUACACGGCUUUCCAGUACUUCGACAAGGACAAUAGCGGGUACAUAACCAUGGAAGAACUCGAGCAGGCAAUGAAGAAAUACAACGUGGGCGGGGAUGAGAAGAAAUCCAUCAAAGAGAUCAUUGCCGAAGUAGAUACUGAUCAUGAUGGAAGAAUCAACUACGAGGAGUUCGUGGCGAUGAUGAAGAAGGGAAAUCCGGAUAUGGUAACCAACCGCCGCCGGAAAUAAAUUUCAGAUUGAUACAAAAAAAAUAAUAUGCAAAUUUUUUUGGGUAAUCCUCUUCUUCUACGGUGCGUCGCCAUGGAAUGGAACUUCUGGGUUGUUUUUACGUUUCAGUCUCUGUUUUUUUUUUUAAAAAAAAUAUUAUUGUUAUGAAAAAACAGGUCUCUUUUCAAGCAUUGUCGUGUUGAUGAUGUCUA